AUGGGCAUCCCGCUGGUCGGCUGUGCCAGCCAUCGGCUGAACCUCGCCGUUCGGACACUGCUCGAGCCGCAUGAAGCCGAUCUGGAGCAAGUCCAGUCUCUCAUGAAGCGCCUUCGGACAUUGACUCAGGCAGCCAAGCUGCGUUUGAAGACGUCUCUCAGGCCAAAGCUGCGCCAGGAGACGAGGUGGGGCUCGACCUACGCUAUGCUUGCACGCUACUUCGAUCUGCGCGAGUUUAUCAGCGCUGAUGACGAAGAUCUAGCCAGGUUGAUGCCAUCUCCUGCCGCGAACCGGCGAUUGAAAGCGCUAUUGCUCGAGUUGGCAUAUGUCGAGUCGGUUUCGAUGAAAUUACAAUCCGUGGAGCUUAACCUGUUGGAUGCGGGCGACCUACUUGACGGGCUGCUAGAGGUCAAGCCAAGCUUCCGUCGCUAUCUUGCCCCGAACGCUGACAUCGUCGCUGCUCCCCAGUUCGAGAGCGCCGUGAUCAAGCAGACCACCAUAGCUGCGACCGCGGAGACGACCAAAUUGGGGUUUGCGGACAGGAUUUUGAAGCGCAGGAAGGUUCAAGAUGACACGAACGCGUACGGCCAGCUGGAUGCCAUCCCGUCGACGUCCAAUGCAGCUGAACGGCUGUUCAGCAUGGCCCGAAUGGUGCUCCGGUGCGAGAGGAACCGUUUGUCACCGCUGAUGCUGGAGAUGCUGUUGUUUUUGAAGGUGAACAGCAAGUACUGGGACGUCACGACGGUUGAUGCAGUGAUCUAG